AUGUUCAAGGCUGUGACAGCCCGCGCGCCCAUGCGCGCUGCUCUUCGAUCAUCGACGCCUCCCACGAGCUUACGAGUGACACCCCAAAGCACAUCCUUGCUGCAGACGAGAAUAUCACAACGCAGAGGAUACGCCACGCCUGCUGAGGAAAAGGACCUGGUCAUCAUUGGGGGUGGAGUUGCUGGAUAUGUCGCUGCCAUCAAGGCCGGACAGGAAGGACUGAAGGUCGCCUGCAUAGAAAAGCGUGGAGCACUUGGCGGAACAUGUCUCAACGUCGGCUGCAUUCCCUCGAAAUCGCUUCUCAACAACUCGCAGCUCUACCACCAGAUCCUGCACGACACGAAAAACCGCGGCAUUGAAGUUGAAAAUGUCAAACUCAAUUUGGCCCAGAUGAUGAAGGCCAAGGAAACGUCCGUCAGUGGUCUGACCAAGGGCAUUGAGUAUCUAUUCAAGAAGAAUGGCGUCGAGUACAUCAAAGGCACGGGAGCUUUUGCAGACGAGCACACGGUGGCUGUCAACCUAGUGGAUGGAGGCGAGACAAGUGUGCGCGGAAAGAACAUCAUCAUUGCCACGGGAUCGGAGAGCACACCCUUCCCGGGCCUGACCAUUGACGAGAAGAAGGUGAUUACCUCGACUGGUGCCAUUGCGUUGACAGAAGUGCCGAAGAAGAUGGUCGUGAUUGGAGGCGGCAUCAUUGGGCUGGAGAUGGCUUCCGUCUGGUCGAGACUGGGCACCGAAGUCACUGUGGUAGAGUUCCUGGGCCAGAUUGGAGGUCCAGGUAUGGACGUGGAGAUCAGCAAGAGCAUUCAAAAGACACUGGCCAAGCAGGGGUUGAAGUUCAAGCUGAACACCAAGGUUACCUCUGGAGAUGACAGCGGAGACAUUGUCAAGAUUCAAACUGAGGCUGCCAAGGGUGGCAAGGAGGAGACUCUCGACGCCGACGUGGUCCUCGUAGCCAUCGGCCGUCGCCCGUACACCUCUGGCCUCAACCUCGAAGCUGUCGGCAUCGAGACUGACAACCGCGGCCGCCUGGUCAUCGACUCGGAGUACCGAACGAAAGUCCCUCACAUUCGUGUCAUCGGUGAUUGCACAUUCGGCCCCAUGCUCGCACACAAAGCAGAAGAAGAAGCCGUGGCAGCAAUCGAAUUCAUCACCAAGAAUUACGGCCACGUCAACUACAACGCCAUUCCCUCGGUCAUGUACACGCACCCCGAAGUCGCAUGGGUCGGACAGAAUGAAGCCGAAUUGAAAGAAGCCAAGGUCAACUACAAGGUUGGAACGUUCCCUUUCUCCGCCAACUCGAGAGCGAAGACGAACAUGGAUACCGAUGGUUUGGUGAAGUUUUUGGCUGAUGCGGAGACGGAUCGCAUCCUGGGUAUCCACAUCAUCGGACCCAAUGCCGGCGAGAUGAUUGCCGAGGGAACUCUUGCAUUGGAAUAUGGUGCCAGUUCCGAGGACGUGGCGAGGACGUGUCACGCUCAUCCUACCCUUGCUGAGGCUUUCAAAGAAGCUGCCAUGGCUACGUGUGGAAAGGCUGUACAUUACUAG